AACAUGAUUAUAUGCACAGGACCAAUAUCACCGAGCCUUCCGACGGGAAGAAGCAUACCGUUUCUCGUGGAUCGUUUGCCCAGCAGUAUCUCUCGCAUAAUGAGGGUACACAACUAUCACUGCUCGGCUACCUCAGCGAACACUACGACGGAGAUGCGACGCACCUUAAGACUGCCGGCUUCAACUUCACCCUCUUCGCACCGAAACCGUCGAGAUCAUCAUCGGGUUUGGAGUACGAAGCUGCUCUGCUGACCAAUCAUGGAGCCCGUGGCCCCUUGGCAUAUCGUUCCAUCUCCUCUGCCGAUGAAUGCCACUGCGGAGGAAUAUCCAACGCAGUAGAUGGAAGCCCCGUCGAUGGUCUUGGUCGAACAGGACCAUGGCCAAAGAUAGAUAUUGGUCGUGUACGAUUCGAGGAAAUCCUUAAUGUUAGAAGAUCCUCAAGUUCAGACCUGACCGAUGACGAGCAGGAAGUGGCUCUGAUAGAAGCUCUCAUGGAACUCAUGGGAUGGUCACCGCCGUCUUUCGAUCCAUCCUUAGAUCGUCUUCGCGACUCGAUUUUUAUCCCUCCCUUCAAUAUUGUACCUCGCCUCUCAACCCCAGUUAACUCUGAUGCUACUCCGCCAGCGGAACCACCUCCGAGGCAGAGGAGCAAACUUUACGGCACCCGUCUAACUACAGUAAUUUUGGUUCGGAGAGACGGAAGGGUCUGCUUUGUGGAGAGAGAUAGAAGCGCGCUGAAGGGAGAUGGAGGACCGGAAGAUGUGGCUGAGGUCUUUGGUUCGAGAGGAAAAUUGGAGACACAGCGAGUGUACAAGUUUUCCCUUACAUAGCGAACUAUAACGCGCACUUAUCUACUGCCCAAAAAUCGAAAUUCAUAAAAUUCUUGAGCGAUCAAUGCAUCAUCUCAGAAUCCAUGUGUUUUUAGUCAAGCGCAGCCAGAAC